AUGCCGACACUCCUAGAAUCCCCCUUCCUCUCCCUCGGGAUGAUCGACACCCUGCUCCGCACGACAUCUGACCCAGCGCAGCGCGUUCAGCUCCUCUCAGCCCGAGUUCACCGACUACAGCUUGAGCCCGCGAUCAACCCUUCGUCGUCGCACUCGUCCCUCUCGUCGCACUCCGCAUCUCACGGCCAUGGUCACCAUGCAGGACACCCUCACCAGCACGGCAGCCACCCCUAUGCCCACGCGGCGCAGGCCCACGGUCACCUGCACCAGCUCAGUGGCCUCGCGGCAUUGGCGGCGCACCAGCCGCGAUCGACCAAGGGGCCCGGCAAUGCCUACCUCGACGAGUACGGACACGCCACCGUCCCGCCUCACGGACUGGAGCAUGGCCACGAGCGUCCGGCGCAAGUUUACGGAGACGGAUUCGGCUUUGAGCUCGACCUCUCCCGCUCAACCUCGCGUGCGACCUCCCGCGCCAACUCGAGGGCAAACUCGCGCGCUCCUUCGCCAGUAAGGAGCAGCGGCGGUAACACACGCGCUGGAUCUCCGACCCUCAAGAGCCCAGUGCCGAAACGCCCCAGUCGGCCCGACCCGACGCCGCUGCUCAAGACGCGCGCGCAGCUCGUCAAGGCAUACCUGAGCCUUACGCCUCCGGACUACCACGCGGCGGAGAGCGAGGCAUUGAUUGUUCUGGCAGAGUGUCGGCGGAUUGUCAAGUGGGAGAAGGCGCGGAUACGGCGGAGCGAGCAGGACCACGCUAAGCCUUCGUCAAGCUCUAGCUCUCCCAAGCAAGCCCCGAAAGCAGUGUCUGCGGAGGGCGCGCAGGAGGACAAAGAGGAGAGAAAGGAGGAGAGUAAAGAGGACAAGCCGAUCAGGAAGAACAGCAGCGACGCCGACCUUGCUUCCUCGCCGGUCGCCCCGCCUGUUCAUGUCUCACCAGCGUGGUACCCCGAAGUCCUGAAGAUUCAGCUCGAGACGACGCGCCACGAGGCGACGAUCAACGAGGGCCUGGGAAGGGAAAGCCGCGCCGCCCGCGCCGCCCAGCUGGCAGAUGAGCUCGCCGCUGAACUCUCCAACCUCUGA